AUGACCAUCGACAUCCGCGAUAUCCUUGCCUGGCCCGGCGGCGAUAACUCGACCGACACCGUCCUCUCUGGGGUCCACCUCAACCUCACAGCCCUCGAGAACUGGAACUACACUCUAUAUUCCAACGGCACCCUGUCCAACGGCACAAAGUGUUACCUUACCUUCGAGCCGUAUGCGCCAGCCCUCAUCUUCCCCAACGGUACCUUUGUCAAUGCCACACAGUGCUGGCAUCCCGUCUAUCCCAUCGGCGCCCGUGCCGGCACCGGCCUGGGUUUCGCCGUCGCAUUCGGUCUGGGUCUCGUCUUGACUCUGGUCGCCUUGAACAAACAUGGAAAACUUCACCUGCCCUCGGAGAAACGGUUCCAUCCCAUCGGUCGCAGAUGGCAGUGGUACUGGGCCAUCUGGACUUGCGCCACCGCUUUGAUCAGCCUAUUCACGAACAUCGAUGUUGACCGAUACUAUCUACCCGAGAUUCCUAUUGUGCUUACCUGCUUUUUCUGGUAUUUGAUGCAGAUAGGUGCCAUUGCUUGCACAUGGGAGGCAGUCAGACAUUGGGGCAGCUGGAUGGAAAGACAGUUCAUCGAUCCGGAUCCUUUCCGCCUUCGCCAGGAAGGCCGUCGCUACUGGGUCGAGCUUAUCAUCCCGCUGUUUGCGUAUCUGUUCAUGUGGUUGAACUUCUUCAUCGUGGUCCCUCGCUCCUGGACCAAAAUCGAACACCAGCGCUACCCCGAGCAAAUCAUCACCGACGCCAAGCCGACCGCCACCGACAACCGCUUCAAGUCCGCUCCCUUCUUCCUCUUUACCACCUGGCUCAUCACCGUCUUCUCCCUCUGGCACUCCAUCAGACACUACUGUCCGCGCAACCGGGGCAUCAUCAACCGCACCAUCGGCCUCUUCAAGUUCACGCCCACCCGCUUUAUGCUCAUCAUCCCGCUCGCCUUCAUCAUUCCCCUGUACCAAGCCAUGGCUGCCUGGAACUUCACCUGGAGUCCGCUCAACAUCAAGGGAAAGCCCGAGGCUAUCUACCCAGGAGGAUAUGCGCCCUCGUUGCUCAUUGUCCUCAUCCAAGCAAUCUACGGAUUGACCUCACCUAACGAAGACCGCGAGCUGAUCCGCCAACGCCGCGAACGCGGACAUAUUCUCGACGCCGAAAUGGGUAUCCAACGUAAACCAGCCUGGUGGCGCCGCGUCAACGAAGCCCCCGCCCCGAACAUGACCAUGCGCGACAGAAUCAUGCGCAACGUACGCGAGAUCGGCGGUGGCGGUCCUACCGCUCGGAACCUCAAGGAAUCCAUCCAUACGCGCGCUGCCGAAUCCAAACCUCGCCCAACACCGAAUGGUCCAGCCAGUCCCGGCGAUGUCGAGAUGGUUAGCAUCCCCUCGCCUGAGCAUGUCGUGGGGGUUACUGGCCCGAUAGCGCCAGGAGACUUUGCUGCGGCGAGACAGACGGCGACGAGGUAUGCGAAUAUGACGCCUAGCGCGGCGAGUAGGCAGUCGGAGUUGAUGAUGGAUGGGCCGCGGGAAACAGUACCCCCACCACCGCCGUAUUCGGAUCGGCCACCGGCAGUGGGAGAGACGGGGAGGAAUGAUAGUGUGGCGUCAAUGAGUCCAAGUAUUAAUUCGCCGCCCGCGCAGAUUAGGAGUAUGCUCGAUGUAUGA